AUGUCCCCGAAAAGGGACAAACCCGGAUGUGCCUGGUCAGGCGGGGGCGGCUUGGUGUGCCUCCCGAGCCUUGGGGGGCCUUUGUCUCCCCUCCCCCAGGGAAGCCAGGAGGCAGCUGGGGGCGGGGCUGCUCCGGCCUCUUCCCCAGAGUCAGGUCGGAGCACUCCCGGGGAGAAGCAGUCCUCCGGAGCCUGCGCACAUCGCGGACGUCUCCCCCCCUCGGGGCUGCCACCCCGGAAGCACCCCAGGGUGGCCCCGCAGAGAGCCCGCAGCCAGAGAAAUGGCCCCCGGGACCCCGAGGCCUCCCUCCCAGGGAUCAAUAACACUCAAGGAUGUGACUGUGGACUUCACCCAGGAGGAGUGGCACCUGUUGGACCAUUCUCAGAAAGAGCUGUACCUGGAGGUCAUGCUGGAGAAUGUGCAGAAUCUACUCGCUGUGGGCCACAUGAGAGGAAUGGGAAAGAAAGGAAUAAACAUUUCAAAAUACCUGCUCUAUAUCCUCUCCUGGGCCUUCCAGUACCUAGAGAAAAUUUUAUCUCCUGUUUUCAGCAAGGGGAAGCACCAUGGUUGCUCAAGCAAGAAUGUGCAAGAAGCUCAUGUCCAGAGGCAGACACUAAUUUUGAAGUGAAGGAGAUGUCUAAAAAGCCGAACCAUUUUGUGGAAGGAUGUGACCCUCAAAGAUUCAUGACUGAGUUUCCCUGGGACUUUAUUUUGAAAGAAAUCUGUGACUCUAAUAUGAAGGGAUCAAUAACAGUCAAGGAUGUAACUGUGGACAUCACGCAGGAAGAAUGGGUCUUGUUGGACCAUUCUCAGCAACAGCUGUACCUGGAGGUCAUGCUGGAGAAUGUGCAGAAUCUACUCUCUGUGGGGCUUCUAGUUCCUAGAGAAAAUGUUAUCUCCUGUUUUCAGCAAGGGGAAGCACCAUGUCUGCUAGAGCAAGAUUGUCCAAGGAGCUUCUGUCCAGAGGCAAAGACUCAUUUUGAAGUGAAGGAGAUGUUUGAAAAAUUGAGCCAUUGUGUGGAAGUAUGUGGUCCUCAAAGAUUCAUGACUGAGGUUCCCUGCAACUUCAUUUUGAGAGAAAUCUGUGACUCUGAUAUGAAGGUAAAUACAAAUACAAAGAGUGACUGUGAAUUUGAUGAAACUGCAGAGAAAUUCCACCAAAAUUUAGUGCUAAAUCGGUAUACAAAAUUGACCUCCGGGAAUGAGUGUUGUCAGGAUAGUAAAUAUAGCAUAUGCUUUCCUGAAGAAUGUCUUAUUCAGUCCUCUGGGAAAUCUCCUGAAAUGCCCAUGUAUAAAGGCAACCUAGGGAGAAUGGGCUUUGUCUGUCAUUUAGAACUCAUUAAACAUCCAAAAAGUAAAUAUGUAAAGAUGGUUUGUGUGAGUAAUAACAGUAGGAGACCUUCCAGUCAGAACUCUGAGAGUGCUGUACAUCAAAUAAUCCACUGUGGAGAGAAACCUCAUGAAUGUAAGCAAUGUGGAAAGAUUUUUACUGAGAGGGACCAUCUUGCUUCUGAUCAGAGAAUCUACACUGUAGAAAAUCCUUAUGAAUAUAAACAGUGUGGAAACACUUUCACAGAGUUGGGCUCUUUUAUUGAACAUCAGAGAAUCCACACUGGAGAAAAACCCCAUGAAUGUAAAGAUGGUGGAAAGACUUUCAGUCAGAGGAACAGUCUUGUUGCACGUCAGAGAUUCCAUGCUGGAGAGAAAUCUUAUGAAUGUCAAUACUGUGGAAAGACCUUAACAGAGAGACGCUCUCUUAUUGCACAUCAGAGAAUCCACACUGGAGAAAAACCAUAUGAAUGUAAUCACUGUGGAAAGGCUUUCAGAUGGAGGAACAAUCUUGCUACACAUCAGAGAAUUCACACUGGAGAGAAACCUUAUGAAUGUAAACAGUGUGGAAAGGCUUUCACACAGAAGGACUCUCUUACUAAACAUCAGAGAAUCCACACUGGAGAGAAACCUUAUGAAUGUAAACAGUGUGGAAAGGCUUUCACACAUGGGAACUCUUUUACUAAACAUCAGAGAAUCCACACUAGAGAGAAACCUUAUGAAUGUAAAGAGUGUGGAAAACCUUUCACAGAUAGUUCCCAGCUUGAUAGACAUCAGAGAAUCCACACUGGAGAGAAACCUUAUGAAUGUAAAGAGUGUGGAAAAACUCUCAGAGACAGGCGCUCUGUUGUUGAGCAUCAGAGAAUCCACACUGGAGAGAAACCUUAUGAAUGUGAACAAUGUGGAAAAGCUUUCAUACAUAGGGACUCUUUUACUAAACAUCAGAGAAUCCAUACUGGAGAGAAACCUUAUGAAUGUCAAUACUGUGGAAAGACUUUUACAGAGAGGCGCUCUCUUGUUGCACAUCAGAGAAUCCACACUGGUGAAAAGCCAUAUAAAUGUAAUCACUGUGGAAAAGCUUUCAGACAAAGGAUCCAUCUUACUACACAUCAGAGAAUCCACACUGGAGAGAAACCUUAUGAAUGUAAACAAUGUGGAAAGGCUUUCACACAUAGGAACUCUUUUACUAAACAUCAGAGAAUCCACACUGGAGAGAAUCCUUAUGAAUGUAAACAGUGUGGAAAGACUCUCACAGACAGGCGCUCUGUUGUUGAGCAUCAGAGAAUACACACUGGAGAGAAACCUUAUGAAUGUGAACAAUGUGGAAAAGCUUUCAUACAUAGGGACUCUUUUACUAAACAUCAGAGAAUCCAUACUGGAGAGAAACCUCAUGAAUGUCAAUACUGUGGAAAGACUUUUACAGAGAGGCGCUCUCUUGUUGCACAUCAGAGAAUCCACACUGGCGAAAAGCCAUAUAAAUGUAAUCACUGUGGAAAAGCUUUCAGACAAAGGAUCCAUCUUACUACACAUCAGAGAAUCCACACUGGAGAGAAACCUUAUGAAUGUAAACAGUGUGGAAAGGCUUUCACACAUAGGAACUCUUUUACUAAACAUCAGAGAAUCCACACUGGAGAGAAACCUUAUGAAUGUAAAUAGUGUGGAAAAGCUUUCAAAGAGAGACGCUAUCUUGUUGCACAUCAGAGAAUCCACACUGGCGAAAACCCAUAUAAAUGUAAUCACUGUGGAAAAACUUUCAAACGAAGGAGCAAUUUUGCUACACAUCAGAGAAUCUACACUGGAGAGAAACCUUAAGUAUGUAAACUGUGUGGGGGGCAGCUGGGUAGCUCAGUGGAUUGAGAGCCAGGCCUAGAGAUGGGAGGUCCUAGGUUCAAAUAUGCCCACAAACACUUCCAAGCUAUGUGACCCUGGGCAAGUCACUUGACCCCCAUGGUCUAGCCCUUACUGCUCUUCUGCCUUGGAACCAAUACACAGUAUGGAUUCUGUAAACCUUAAAAUUUCUUAGACUUAUAAAUGUUGGAAAUUUCACCAUUGGGAAAUUUCAUACUUGGAAAAUUUCUUACUGAUAGUGGGAACUCUAUUGGAAUGUGAACCCCAUUGGCAUGAGAGGUUCCUCCUCCUCCCUUCUUAAGAUUAUUUUAGGACAGAAACCUUUUGCUGAACAAUGGAAAGAGCUUUGACCUAUGCUUAAGCAUAGAACAGGAAGUUCUUUGAGUCAUGAUUGAUUUUAGAAUUGAUACAAUAGAGAUACUUGGAAUGACAGAACCAGGUCUUGGAAAUUACAAUCUACACCCUACUCAGUCCUAACAGGAUUUAGGAAGGGCUGCAGCAUAGAUCAAAAUUUAAUUAUUCCAAUCUCCACCCUACUCAGGGUAACAGGAUUUAGGAAGGGCUGUAGCAAAGGAUCAAGAUUUAAUUAUUUGAGAAUAUGACCUUCAGCAGACAUGUGCAAAGCCAGAGACCUCUGGGCGGUCCUGGGUUAAGCUAGAGCCACCAUUGGCACAGGGAAGACAUGGACAGUGAUUGGUAGAUGUGAGAACUGAGGGGAGGGAACUUGGAUAUUUUGCUUAAAGAUAGGAGGGUCUGAGGACCGGGGAGAUGGUUGGAGAGGUUUUGCUUUGAGAGGUUGUGCUCUGAGAAGCUGGCUCUGAAGGAAGCUGGAGGUGGAGGCCCCUGAGACUGUUUCUCCAUUUUGGUCACGUGAGUGAUAGGGACUGAUCUCUUUUCUUUGCCUCAGCUAUCUAAGGGCUUGGGCCUUUUGGCCCAGCCUAAACAGAAGGGGUAUUAAGUCCUAUUACCUUUUCUCCCCUUUUCUCUCUCUCUAUCUCUAAUAUCUUUCUUCCUCCUGUUUGUAAUUAAACUCCAUAAAAGGUUGACUGCUGACUUGAGUUUUCAUUUAGGAAUUACAUAGCUGAAUUCCUUGGUGACCUUAAAUUAAUAUAUAUCAGUCUUUUAAAGUGAUUUCCUUGUCACAAUUCUAAGAUGGAAGGUAAAGUUAUUUUUUUAUAACCGAUUAGAAAGCAUAUGUCCUUUCCUUAAAGUAAUGAAUAAAACCCAUCUAAAACCAUCAGCAACUGUCAUCUGCAAUGCAGAUAAGUUAGAAGUCAUCCAAGUAAGAUCAGGAGUGAAGCAAAGAUGGCCAUUAUCACUCACCACUGUUAUUUAAUAUUGUACUAGAAAUAUUAACUUUAGCAAUAAGAGAAGGAAAAUAAAUUUAAGGAAUUAAAGUAGAAGAUGAGGAAACAACUAUCACUCGUUGUGGAUGAUAUUAUGGUCUACUUGGAGAAUCCUGGAGAACCAACUAAAAUUUUGUUGAAAUAAUAACUUCAGUAAAGUUAUAGGAUACAAAAUAAAUCCACAUAAAUCAUCAUAAUUUUUAUAUAUUUCCAGCAAAGUCCAGCAGCAAGAGAUAGAGAAAUUCCAUUUAAAAUAUCCAUAGACAAUAGAUAAUGCUUAGCAAUUUAUUUGCCAAAAAAAACCCACAGGAGUUAUAUGAACACAAUUACAAAACAGUUUUCACACAAAUAAAGUCUGAUCUAAAUAAUUAGAAAAACAUUAGUUGCUCAUGGGCAGGCUGCACUAAUAUAAUAAAAAUGAAAAUCUUAUCUAACUUAAUUUACUUAUUCAGUACUAUACCAAUGAAACUACCAAAAAGCUCUUUUAGAGAACUAGAAAAAAUAUCAAAACUCUUCUGGAAAAAGAAAAGAUCAAGAAUAACAAGGGAACUAAGAAAAAAUGUGAGGAAUGGUGUACUAGUAGCAUCAUAUCUUAAAUUGUAUUAUAAAGCAGUAAUCAUCAAGAUAAUUUGGUACUGUCUAAGAAAUAGAAUGGUAGAUCUAGGGGUAAAUGACCUUAGCACUCUAGUAUUUCAUAAAUCCAAAGAUACCAGAUUUUGGGAUAAGGACUCAGUAUUUAACAAAAACUGAUUGGAAAACUGGAAAACAGUAUGGUAAAAAUUAGGUCAAUAUCUCAUGCCUAUGCCAAGAUAAGGUCACCAUGGAUAUAUGAUUUAGAUAUAAAAGGUGAGAGUAUAAGCAAAUUAGGGGAAUGUAGAAAUAUUUAACUGUCAGAACUUUUGGAGAAGGGAAAACAUUCAAAACAAAAAAACACCAAUACUACCUAAAGUAUUUGGGAAAAUAAGGGAAGAAGGAAUCCUUCCAAAGCUUUUUUUAUGACACAGAUAUGGUACUGUUACCCAAAUCAAAAAGCUAAAACAGAGAACUAUAGACCAAUCUUCCUAAGGAACAUUGAUGCUAAAAUUUAAAUAAAAUCCUAGCAGUGAGAUUACAUCAUUAUGUCACAAGGACAUACAACAUUAUCUGGUGUGCAAUGAUAAAUGCAGGAGUGGUUCUAUAUGAGGAAGUCAUCAGCAUAAUUGGCCAUAUCGAUAACAAAACCCAGAAAAACUGUGACCUCAAGUUGGAGCUCCUUUUCUGGGAAAAAUUGAGAGGACAAUCAGCACAGCUGAGAUAGGAUCCUUCCAACUUAUGUGAAUAGGAAUAUUCCCAUCUGAUUAUUCCCAAGUCUGGCUAUGAAGUGGAAAUGCUACUGCAUGGCUGGAUUGCCAGCUGUCACUCUUACCUGAACACCAGUGUACACAGGGCAUCUGAUAGCAUCUGCUCAUAAGGAAUCGGAAUGAGAAGUUUUGAAAAAGCAACAGAUUAGAUAAUCCUGGACGUUAAGUGUAAAUUAUUCUAAUCAGCAUGGAAAAAUGGAAAAUCUGUGAAUUUUAACUGAUUGGUUCUGUGGUUAAAUAAGAUCAGAACCCCAAGGUUUGGGAUAGUUCCUAUCAUCUCAACUACUUAUUGAAGAAGUAAAAAUUUAAAGGAUGGACUAAUUACCUGUCUUGGGAUGUCUGAGAGAAGAUGUUUUGAAGAUAAAACCACCUCACAAAACAUUGAGAUCAGAAUGAAAAUGUGUGGACCUUGGAUGGAUGGGGAUGGAAGACUUAAAUGCAAAGAUACUUGAUGUUAAUGUUGAUAUUCAUGAUUGGCCUUUGUUUUACUGCACACUCAUAUUGAGUUCUUUUCAGUUUCUUAAUGUUUUCAUGGAUACUGUGUCAAGAUACUCACCGCAGACAAUGACCAAAAAUUCUUUCCCACCAAGUUUUUCCUCUUUUGCCAUGGGUGGGUGGGGGGGGCAGAUUGUCCCUCAACCAAAAUGGGGGAAGGUUAUGGGUUAACAAGUUUCUAAUGACUCUUGUGAUAUUUUUAAUUGCUUUAGAACAUCAAGAUUAUAGAAUGGUGAUGUAUGCCUAUUUUGCAAUGUUUUGGCCCCAAAAGAUCAACAUGUCCUGAAGAGUGCCCAUACUUUACCUGAGUCCCAUGCUGAUGCACAUUACAAAAGACUGACAGUAUAUUUCUUGAGCUGGGUAGAAAAUUUCCUUAUUAUCGAAUCUUAAGAGAUCACUCCUUUCCUUUUUCUUGAAAGAGUAUGUAAACCUGAAACCUCCUUCAGUUUUUUUGGCAGGGAGUGGACCCCUCCCAUAUAUAUAGGUUUCUGAAAUUUCUCAAUGGAAAUAAACACCUUUGCUUAUAGAGAUGUACAUUUGUCUGGUUUUUAGACUGGCAGUUUGAUUAUCUUCUUUAACCAACUCCUAGGAAAGAGGCAAAACCAAUUCAAAAUCUUUGUCUUUUUAGUUUUGUUUUAAUAGUCAGGGAAAGAGUUGAUCUCAAGAUUCCUUGAAGACAAGGUUGUCACAAGCUAAGAGUUGUCCAUUCCAACUCUUAAAAGCAUUAAUUUCUAAAAUGUUUGCAUUUUCAGAAUUGAUAGUAUUUAGGUAAAUCUUGAUCAAAAUAUGCCUUAAAGAAGUUUACUUCCGUAGUUUUAGCCAUAGUGCCCUGAUAGCAGAUAUUGGGAGGGCUACAGAAUACUUUCAGAGAGCAGAUAUCACAAACUUUAGUUUGGGGACCCAACUAAAUAUGUUUACAAAUGAUUAGUAUUUGAAAUAGUCUUCCAAUUAAAGUGAUUGUCUCAAAAGUGGAAAAGAAAGACCCUGUUUCCCUGAGUUAAAACAAUUUUUUUUCAUCUUCAACUAAAACUGGUGGAAAAAGAAGGAGGUGAAGAGAGAAUCUGGGGAGAAGAUGAGAAAAAAAAUUUAUCUUUGAAAUAUACACUCCUUAUUUUCCUCUUCUCUCACUGAGAGACCAUGAGGUUUAGCUGGCUGGGAGACUAUUAAUUAAUGUGGAUUAAGACUGGAUUAUAUAUCCAUGGAGAGUGAAAGAAAGAGGACAUUAAAAAAACAUAAGGGCUUUAAUAAAUGCUGUUUCCUGUUCAGGGGACCCUAGCUAAAAGACUAAUGGAGUGGCUAAAUCUGGGGAUUCUUUUUUUCUCUUUAUUUACAGGGCAUUGUCACUACUUAGCCAAGCUGCCAAUGAUAAUAUCUUUCCCUUGCAGAUAAGCAUCUUGCUCUUACUCAAAGAAACCACACACACACACACACACUAAAUUAAGCUUUUCCUCAGUCUUUCCAGCUCCCAGGAAGUGUCCUGUAUAGAAUGCUCUUCAUUUAACACUCCAAAUUUCUCCUUGGACACUUUCCUGAAAGCUGUUCACUUUCCUCAGGGGUGCUAUUUCCCAAUCCUGCUGGGAAGAUCUUCCCUAAAAUGUUAAUAUUGUCAGACUCAGAAACCAGAGAUAGAGCUCUGUGGCAGAUGCUUAUUUCCACUGAGAGAGAGGAGUCACACGAAUAUGUGUGCAGAGAGAUGAUGGCUUAUAUAGUACUUCAAGGAAAGGGGAAGGGCAGGUCUCUGGGAUUAUACAAUGUAGAGACGUUUCUACUCAGCACACAAUUUUUUCUUGUAUCAGGAACAUUUCAAAGUUAUUUCCAGGCAUCUGUCCCUGCUUUGUUAGCUUAAUCCCAGCAUUCCUGGACAAUUAUUAAUAUCACAAAAGCCAUUAGAAACGUUUUAACCCUUGACAGUGUCUUAGAAGUCAGUUCAGAAGAUAUAGCUGGGAUUUAAAUUUUCCAUUCAUUUCCAAAUUUUUAUAAAAGUGUUCUAAAAAGUGCCCCAAACAAACCCUAACUUAGUCCAGCAGGCUGGGUUUUUUUUUAGGCUAAGGGCAAACGCUUUUUGGUCUCAUGCCCUACAAGCUGAAUAACAAGUAGAAAAGCUCACAGACAUACACAAAAGACAAAAUAAGGAUUUUUCAAUAACCAGAAAUAAAGGCAAACAAGACAGUGAAGACUACUUUCUUCUAAAAAAAUUUUUUAAAGAGAUUUCUCCCUUAAAACAUAUAUGUUGCUGACUCUUGAGUUGGGCCAUAGAAAACUACUAUCUACCCGACAGUGGCCUGGUUUUAAGUCAUUAAUAUGUAUGAAAAAAUUUGUUAACACAAGUACACAUAAAACAUACAUCUUGCUGAGAGAUGAUCUGAUUGUCAGGAACGGGAAGGAAACCUGUCAAGUCUAUAAUUUAUGUCAUCAAUGAAAUCUCCAUUUGGGCCCCAAAGAUGAUAGGAUGAGGUUUCUAAUAAGUCUGGCAAAAAGUAUCUUGGAGUGUAUUCCCUUUGUGCUUCACCAACUAAGAUGGUUAAAAAUUCUGAGAGACUGGGUUCCAGUAAGAAAAUCAAUGUAUUGGUCAGGCUAGCAAUAACCAAUAGUUUAAUUGGUCACUGCUCUCUCUUAGGUGACCAAAGACAUUCAGCAUCUUGAUUCCUUAAAUAUAAUUUUGGGAUUUCAUUAUUCAGCCCUCCCCAAGACAUCUCUAAUGGGUGGCUGCCUAAUGAGGAGAUCCCUGCCUGACCACAGGAUCCCAAUAUCUAGAUGAAGAAAUUAGAUGAAUCUUGGUUAAGUGUGACCUUCUCAGUUUACUUCAAUGAGGGACUCAAAGAUGCUCCCUAUAUAUAUUUGGCCAACACUAGUUUCUUUUCACUAGACAAGAUGGGGCUCACCAUCUCCGUUAUCUCAGUUUUAGAAGCUGCUCUGGGGUACAGAGCAUUCCAAGAAUUGUCAGAACAAAGGAAUGGAGAAAGACUUGAAAAUUACCAAGCUCUUAUCAAACACAGUAAUAUUAAGAAAAAAAGGGUUCAGCAUUAGGCAUAAAUCCUCUCAGAAGUUACUCUUAAACCACAUGACCGGUUAUGAACACCUCUGUUCAAGUGCCCAUGUGGGGCUCAGAGAUAAGGAGAUAACCCAAAAGGAAGAGGAAAUUUCCCUCUGCUCAGCCUAAGUUGGGGGGAUGAGGUGAUUGUCAGGAUGAUUUCUUCAUUGUUAGCCCUCUUAAGUGCCCAACACUUUAGACAGUAACAAGAAAACAAGCCUUUAAAACUGAAGAGUGGAGGUUGGUGUGUUUGUUUGGCAGCCCCACAUCUUCAGCUGUAGCCACGAAGCUCACUUGUUCAAGUGGUAUCUUUUGGUUCUCUGCAAAGUUCAACUCUGAUGCUCAGUUGUGCCAAGAUGGUGGCCAGCAUACUUGAGAGCCUUCCCAAAUGGGCAAAAGCCCUGGGAUGCACUGCUUUAGGCAUAAUGCUGCAAUGGAAAGCCCAAGACCUGACUGAUAGCAUGGCAGCUACUGCUGAUGCACUGCUAAUGUAGCUGUGAUUUUCUUGUUGCUCUUCUGGAAAGCAGUUUGGUCUCCUGUCUCCUAAGUCAUUAAACUGUGCGCCCUUUGACUCAGAAUCAUAUUACUAGGUCCGGAAAAGAUCCAUGUGUACAAAAGUAGGAACAGCACCUUUAUUUCUUAGCCAAAGAGGACAGAACCUUGGGGAACAUCUCUUGAGUGGACAUGACCUGGAUAAAAAUCCAACAAAAGAAGACAAAGAGCAACGAGACGUGUGACAGAAUCAGAAGCAAACACAGUCACCAAACCCUCAUUGGGAAAGAAUAUUCAUCUAAUUUUUUUAAUUAAUUAACUUAAAAAUAUUAGUCCAUGUUUCCACGAUUAAGAUUGAGAAACGUUUAACCAACUGAGCAAGCAAUGGAUAAUUGUUAACUUUGUAGAGGGAAGUUUGAGUUAAAAUGAUCAAAGCCAGAAGUUAGACUGAAGAUUUACAAAUGAGUGGGGAUAGGAAGUGAAGGCACUAACCAGACAGUUUUCCAAGACAUUUAGCUGACUAGAACAGAUAUAUAAGGGGGCAACUGGGUGGCUCAGUGGAUGGAGAGCCAGGCUUAGAGACGGGAGGUCCUGGGUUCAAACCUUGCCUCAGACACUUCCUAGCUGUGUGACUAGGCAAAUCACUUAAUUCCCAUUGCCUAGCCCUUACCGCUCUUCUGCCUUAGAAUUCCAAUCUGUAGUCCUUAUUCUAGGAAGGAAGGGAAGGGUUUAAAAAAAGUUGUGUUUUUUUAAGUUCAAAUGUAAGCUAAAACAUUUCAGCAUAAUCUCCAUCAGUAGUGGCAGUAUGGACCACAGCUUGAUGCCAGUAUUACAUCAAUAAAAAAUUGCAUCCACUCUUAUCCAGAGUCAGUCCUUGGCUUGUCUCCAACAAGUGCAAAUUCCCUUCAAUAUUUCCCUAUUUUGACUCCUCUUACUGCUGACCUUCCUGCUAUGGCUGCCUAGGGCCAUGAUGAUCUGAACCAGCAGAGGCAAUGACAGCAGAAGCAUGGGUAAAAUUGUGUCCCGUAAAGCCACACUCUCCCUGUCUAACUUAAGCCAUCUUCUGAUCAUUUACUAGGGGUUGCCUUCAGUGGGUGGGGUCUGAGUUCAGAGGCAAUAGAAGAGAAGUUCUACCCCACAUCAUUUUCCCAUGAAAAAGAGAAGGUAACCCAGAAUGAAUAGGAAUGGAUUCCCCCCCCCCCCAACUCAUGCUUCUUUCCAUAAGGACAUUCCCAUUCUUGGAGUCUGCCAAAUAACUCCCUUGUUGUCUGUGAUUCCUCAUUUACAUGAAAUUGCUCUCUUGAAUAUUAGCAAUAGGGGUAGCUGGAUGACUCAGUGGAUUGAGAGCCAGGCCUAGAAAUCGGAGGUCCUGGGUUCAAAUCUAGCCUCAGACACUUCCUAGCUGUGUGACCCUGGGCAAGUCACUUUGCCCCCAUUGUCUCCCCUGUAUUAUGGAAUUACUCUGAGAGAUGAUGAAUUAAAGAUCAGAACUGCCUACCCCCUCCCUUCCUUCCCUCCUCCUUCUUUCCUACCUCCCUCCUCCCUUCCCCCAUCAAAUUAGUUCUACAGUUGGUAUCACUGGAAAUCUGCUUUGAGUGAGUAUCUUGCUAUAACAGACAGAUAACUUUUUAAUAACUUUAAACAAAAGGAGUUUAUUUAGAAGGGGGAAAGUAGGGGAGUUGAGGGGAGAGAGGGUUUGGGGUUUCCCUAAUCCUAAAAUAAUUCCUAAGUUGGAGGAUGGUAGAAUAGAGUCCAGGUUUGGGGAAAUUGGCCAACAGGUUUGAAGAUUCAGUCACUUGAAUACUGUAGGGAGAAACCAGAGAGCAGGACUUUUCUGUCCUUCCUCCUUUCAGUCCCAAGGGCAAGAGACCACGUUCCUCAGCUUGUCUGUUCCCUUUUAAAUGGUCCAUCCUGGGCACCAUUCCAAUUAGAAUGUCCUCCUUGAUCAACAGUUCAGCAGUGUGGGCUUCUCCAGCACUGCUGCAGACUUUUCCAUUUUCUCUCCUCCACAACAUCACAUGCCUCUACCACAGAUUUUAAGGCAGAAGGUAAGGGUUUUUAAAAAGUAUGUUCCUGGGUCUCUUUCCAUAGCCUUUUCCAAUGUUCCAGGAAGGAGGCCCAGCAGGAAAAAAUCUGAAAUGUAAAUUUCAAAACUACUCCACCCUAAUCAGACCAUUCUUUAGAAGAUCUGAUUUAGCUAUUUCCUGAUCAAUAACAAUGGAGAUACUUGGAAUAACAGAAUCAGGUCUUGGAAACUACAUUUUUCCUCCCUUCUUAGUUUAGGAAGACUGCUUUCCUUCAGAUUGGUCACGUGAGUGAUGACUGACCUCUUUCCCUGCCUUGGCUAUCCAAGGCCUUAAAGCCCUCUUUGGUUCAGCCUGAGCCAGAGUGGUUCUGAGUUAAACUCCUUUCCUUCACUCCCUCUUUCCUUCUCUCCCUCUCUCGCUCUCCCUCGCACAUUUUCUUCUUCCUCCUGUUGUAAUUAAAUCACCAUAAAAAUUU